CCAGAAGGUCCCGCGGCCGGAGUCAACUUCCGGCCAGAAAAGAGCAGGCGCUUCCUGUGUGAGGGAGGCGGUGAGCCAGGUCCUAUCGGGUAGCUGAGACCCAGCGUGCUGAGACACCGCGAAUUGCAACUCCGAGACCUGGCUAACCUCUGAAUUGAAGGAGCAGUCGUUUCGGGUGGGUCCAGGCAGGGCGCUGAGAGGAAUCGGCCGUGGGGACAACUCUGGACCACAUUUCCCAGAGGGCCUGGCGGCCUGUCACUCUUCUCGCGGGAACUCGAAAUUUUCAUCACGCCUGGCGGGACCGUUAGAUUCGUGAGGCCAGAGAUCGUGAGCCCAUGGGGACCUGGUUCAACUGUGCAGGUUCGGAUCUCAGGGGACCCGAAAGGUCUAAAUUGAAGAAACUGGAGACCGAUACGGAGCUUCUGUGCUGGCGGAAUGGAAUGAGAAGUGGGGAAGUUAUGCGACUCGUAUGCAGAUAUAGGAUGCCUGUCAUUGUGGAAUUGUGACCAUGUGUCCCUAUGGUAGUACGUGCUCAUAACACCAAGACAGUGGGGUGCCUGCAACUGUGCGAGUGUAAUUAUGCGUCCUGUGUUCUUCUCUUUUCCAGGUGAGGCUCAAAAGAGAAGGAAAGAAUGCAUGAUGAACUUCUGCAAACAGUGUCCAAGGGGUCAAUGAUGUUCAGGGACAUGUCUGUAAACUUCUCUCAGGAGGAAUGGGAAUGCCUGGACUCUGGUCAGAUGAAUUUAUACAAAGAAGUGAUGUUGGAGAAUUUCAGCAACCUGGUUUCAGUGGGACUUUCUAGUUCUAAACCGGCUGUGAUCUCCUUAUUGGAACAAGGAAAAGAGCCCUGGAUGAUUGACAGAGAACUGACCAGAGGCCUUUGUUCAGAUCUGGAAUCCAUGUGUGAGACCAAGUUAUUAUCUCUAAAGAAGAGACAUUUUAGUCAAGUAAUUUUUACCCAUGAAGACUUACCCACUUUUUAUCAGCCGACAUUUCUCAUUCCACAUCAAAAAACUAUUAAUGAAGAGAAAUCCUGUGAAUAUAAAAUAUGUGGAAAGGCCUUUAAUCAAAACUCACAGUUUAUUCAACAUCAAAGAAUUCAUUCUGCUGAAAAAAACUAUGAAUGUAAGGAGUGUGGGAAAUCCUUUAGUCGUGGCUCACUUGUUACUCGACAUCAAAGAAUUCAUACUGGUGAAAAACCCUAUGAAUGUAAAGAAUGUGGCAAGGCUUUUAGUUGUAGUUCGUAUUUUUCUCAACAUCAGAGGAUUCACACUGGUGAGAAACCCUAUGAAUGUAAGGAAUGUGGAAAGGCCUUUAAUUAUUGCUCAAACCUUAAUGAUCAUCAGAGAAUUCACACUGGUGAAAAACCCUAUGAAUGUAAAGUAUGUGGAAAAGCCUUUACUAAGAGUUCACAACUUUUUCCACACCUGAGAAUUCAUACCGGUGAGAAACCUUAUGAAUGUAAGGAAUGUGGGAAAGCCUUUACUCAACAUUCAAGGCUUAUUCAGCAUCACAGAAUGCACACUGGUGAGAAACCUUAUGAGUGUAAGGAAUGUGGGAAGGCCUUUAGUAGUGCCUCAACACUUACUAACCAUCACAGAAUUCACACUGGCAAGAAACUCUAUGAAUGUAAAGAAUGUGGAAAGGCCUUUAUUCAGAGCUCAGAACUUAUUCAACAUCAGAGAAUCCAUACAGGUGAAAAACCAUAUGAAUGUAAUGAGUGUGGAAAGGCUUUUAAUAAAGGCUCAAACCUUACUCGUCAUCAAAGAAUUCACACUGGUGAGAAACCUUAUGACUGUAAAGAAUGUGGAAAGUCCUUUGGUAGUCGCUCUGACCUCAUCCGCCAUGAAGGAACUCAUAAUGGAUAAGUGAUAGUUCCUUUUGAUAAACUUGAUAGUAAUAUUUUUAAAACAAAUGAUGCAAAAAAAAAGCAAGGGGAAAAAACUGAAGGUUCUUCUGUGUAAUAGUUUCCUAGGGUUGCUGUAAUGAAAUACCAAGUACCACAAAACAAGGUGGCUUAAAACAACAGAACUUAUUCUCUCAUAGUUUUUGAGACUUGAAACCCAAAAUCAAAGUUGUUGGCAAGUUUGGUUCCUUCUAGGGACUCAGGAAGAAUCUGUUCCACACCCUUCUAGCUUCUUAUAGCAGCAAUUUUUGACAUGCCUCGGCUUAUAGAAGCAUUGCUGCUGUCUCUGCCUCCAUCUUCAUACUACGUUCUCUGUGUGUCUCUGCAUCUGUUCUGUUAUACAGACACAGGUCAUAUUGGAUUAGGGCUCACCAUAAGAACCUCAUCUUAACUUGAUUUUAUCUGCAGAGACCUUAUUUCCGGGUAUUAUCACAUUAACAUACCAGGGGUUGGACUUCCAACAUAGUUCAACCCAUUACACUGUUAACACUAUUUUUUCUAAUGUGUUUGUAAUUUUAUGUAUAACAUUAAUCAAAUGUAUUUAAUAAUGUGAAUUCAAGGUCUAAAUUAAACCCCCUUUUCCCUCAAAAAAUUCUGUCCCCAAAAUUCUAUGUUUUAGGACCAUCUUUUCUAUUUCUGUGGCCUACAUCAUACUACACUGUAAAUUGUGUUGCAUAGGCUAUCUUUGAAUUCAUGGUGGAAUUAUAAAUUUGUAUUUGAAGACAGCUCUAUUUUUUCCUUUUGUUAAGUUAGUAUUUUCUUGUUGUUAAAAAAAAAAACAGAGGGCACAAAGAAAGAUUUAUAAGCCUGUGAAACAGAAAUGACUGCUUUCAAAUUAUCAUAGUAUAUCCUUGCAGGCUUUAUUUCAUGUAAUCAUGAUACACAUGUUGUACAUAUGGUACAUGUUGUACCAUAACCUGCUUUUAUCACGCUACUGUUUAAGUACAGAUGUUUAUGUAUUAUUAUUUUUAAUGGUGUCAUAAUCUUUUCUGUGGUUGACUCUCAUUUUGCUAAAUAACUACUGAUAAAUAUUUUGGUGCCUGUUUACUAAAUACAACUUUAGUACUUUUUUUGUUUGAAAUUUCAAAACAUUUAAUUUCAAUGUUGAAAUCACUAAUGAAUAUUUUCUCCCUGUAAAAAAUUGCCAAUAAUCCCCAAUUCCCUCAUAAUCACUAUUAUGAAUUUAUUUUUAUCCAUUGAAACCUUUUUUUUUUUUUUGAGUUUUUUACAUGCAUGUGCACAUACAACCAAAUAUGUAAACAGUUUAGAAAAAGUGUUGCUUUAUACUUUUUUUUGUAUAAUUACUAAUGAUGGUUAUGUUGGAUUGUUGUAAGGAUUUAACUCAUUUGAGUUAAGUGAAAAAUGGGAGUCUUACUAACAUAUAGUAAGAAUGUAGCUGGUAGUUAUCCAAAAUUAACAUUAAUAUUUUCAACAUUAUUAUUUAUGGAAAGGACUUUUACCAUGUUUCAUCAUAAUUUAUAUCAAAGAAUUUAUAAUGAAAAAAGGACCUAUGGCUGUAAUGUUUGCAAAAAAGCAUCUUAGCAACACUUACUCCUUAUUCAACAUAAAGUAUAAAAAAAAAAAAAAAAACACUAAGAAAACUCAGAGACAAAGAAUGGGUGAAUAAGCCUACAUUAACACCUUGUACUUCAUGCUACACAAUUAUCUCAUACCCAGCAAAAAACCUAUUUAUCAAGAAUAGUUGAAAACCCAAUUGUCAAAAAAGAGAAAGACAUGAAAUAUUGUUAAUAAUCACUUCCUUCUCAGAAAAUCUGUAGAUCAUAUUCUUUUCCAGAAUGGGAAAAAAUUAAAAUAUGAUAACAAUAAA